ACACACUCACUCAUCCGUACAUGUAACAUUCCACGGUGUGCGAUUGGCUGCGGUUGUAGAUUUUGGUUGGUGGAAACCAUUGAAAAUGUCUUUCCUAUUAUGUCUUAGGGAAGUAACAUUUUAGUUUAAUGCAUUUCGUCGGUCUAUAAUUCUUAGGAUAAGAUACUAUCUCUGCCCUUUGAAAUGGUUUCCUUGUCUUCUCCUACCAUGUUCAGCCUCAUUCACUUUAUCAUGGGUUUCCUCACAUUUUCUACUGUUCAUUCAGUACUUGAGUGUUACACGUCCAUCUUCAGCUUCGGCGACUCGCUUGCCGACACUGGCAACUCAAUUCGUGAAUCCAAUUGGGCCAGCGACGCGGGCAAAUUCCCAUAUGGAGAGACGUACUUCCAUCGUCCCACUGGCCGGUUCUCAGAUGGACGACUGAUCAUAGACUUCAUUGCCGAAGAACUCGGACUUCCAUAUGUGCCUCCGUAUCUUGGGGGUUCCAGCGAUGGAGAUUUUCGUCAAGGAGUGAAUUUUGCGUUUGCAGGAGCUACGGCACUCGAUGCUGCCUUCUUCCAAGAGAGAAGGAUUCCUAACGAGUACACAAACAACUCUUUGGGAAUUCAGCUGGGAUGGUUCGAAGAUCUGUUGCCUUCUCUCUGCUCCAAUCCACCAGGUUGUGGAGACAUUUUUAAAAAGUCGCUGUUUCUUGUGGGAGAGAUUGGAGGUAACGAUUACAACUACCCUUUUUUACAACGAAGGAGCUUAGAAGAGAUCCAGACCUUCGUACCUCUGGUCAUCAAUGCCAUCGGAUCAGCCAUCGACAUGUUGAUCAAGUACGGGGCUAGGACGCUUGUGGUCCCUAGUAACCUACCCAUCGGCUGCUCGGCAGAAUAUCUAACGGUCCUUGAGAGCCAGAAGAAGGAAGACUAUGACCCUCUUACCGGGUGUCUCACGUACUUGAACAAAUUCUCUGAGUAUCACAAUCGCCUACUGCUGCAGGAGAUGGAUCGAUUGCGGGCACAGCAUCCACAUGCUACCAUCAUCUAUGCCGAUUAUUACAAUGCUGCAAUGCGCUUCUACCGCUCUCCGGACCAUUUUGGAUUCAAUGGCGGGGCUCUUAGGGCAUGCUGUGGAGGAGGUGGGCCAUACAAUUGCAACAUGACGAUCAAGUGUGGGUACCGUGGGGCUACAGUGUGCGACAAUCCCUCAUCAUAUGUGGCCUGGGAUGGAAUUCACCUAACGGAAGCGGCAUACAGAUGGAUCGCUGAUGGUUUGAUAAGAGGACCAUUUUUCAGUCCUUCCAUCACAACCCCAUGUCUGUCAUUGGGCAGCCAUGACCAUCCUUAUUACGAGUAAUAAAACAUGGGUGUGCAGUCACUUCAAGAAAAUGUUAGGAUGCUACCUUCCGAAUUUGGUGAAUUUAUAUUGUUUAAUGCUUCAUGGCUUAGCAGUAAACAGACUGUGUUUUCAA